GGCCAAGGGCGUCAUCUUCUGCUCCAUCUCCGAGGCCAUCCGUGAGUACCCGGACCUUGUCAGGCGCUACCUCGGCAGCAUCGUACCGCCGGGCGACAACUACUAUGCCGCCCUCAAUUCAGCGGUGUUCAGCGACGGAUCCUUCUGCUACGUGCCCAAGGACACGGUCUGCCCCAUGGAAAUUUCGACUUACUUCAGGAUCAACGACAAGGAGACAGGCCAGUUUGAGAGGACUCUGAUUGUAGCCGAUGAGAGAAGCACUGUUAGCUAUUUGGAAGGCUGCACUGCACCAGCAUAUGACUCAAAUCAGCUCCAUGCUGCGGUUGUGGAGCUUGUGUGUGAGAAUGGGGCAGAGAUUAAGUACUCCACGGUGCAGAAUUGGUACUCCGGUGAUGAGGAGGGGAGAGGAGGCAUUUAUAACUUUGUGACAAAGAGGGGAAGGUGCAAAGGGCGGGGUUCGAAGAUCUCAUGGACACAGGUUGAGACAGGAUCUGCUAUUACAUGGAAGUACCCAAGCGUUGAGCUCGUCGGGGAUGACAGUGUUGGAGAGUUCUACUCGGUUGCGCUUACAAAGGAUUGCCAGCAAGCAGACACAGGGACGAAAAUGAUCCACAAGGGGAAAAAUUCACGCAGCCGGAUUAUAUCCAAGGGCAUCUCUGCAGGGAAGUCAAGGAAUUGCUACCGUGGCUUGGUCCUGAUGAACUCUAGUGCAGAGAAUGCUUAUAAUUCUUCACAGUGUGACUCAUUGUUGAUCGGGGAUAAUGCGGCUGCGAACACCUAUCCCACCAUUCAGGUGGGGUGCACUAGUGGCCGGGUUGAGCAUGAGGCAAGCACUUCCAAAAUUGGAGAGGAUCAGCUAUUUUAUUUCCAGCAAAGAGGGGUAGAUCAUGAAAAGGCAGUUGCCGCCAUGAUUGGUGGAUUCUGCAGAUCUGUUUUCGAGCACCUUCCCUAUGAAUUCGCACAGGAGGUGGACGCACUCAUGAACCUGAAACUCGAGGGAUCAGUUGGCUAAUUUGUUGGCUCAGCGAUUUCGUGUAAUACUCCAUGACAGCCAGUUAGCUAGAAAAUCCAUGUGUACAGCAGUACGAGAAGAAUAAAUUACAGGAUAAGUAUACAUUUCCUGGCUGGUUGUAAUACUGAAUGUUGAUGAUGUCUAUGGCAAUUGGCAACGAACUAUGAAGAUGUAGCAGUUGAGCCUGUUUGUCUUCUGUUGCCCAGUUUUUGCUAUUGCUGUAAGCGAGCUCACAUGGCUCACCUAUACAAGAACGG